AUGGAAGAACAACAAGCAACAACGGCGCAAGAAGUAUCGGGCAUUGCUUUGUCCAUGCGUGUCCCACCGUUUUGGCGCGACAGACCUCGGCUCUGGUUCAUCGCUUUCGAAGCAGCAACCAACGACCUGAAGAGGAGCGAAGCCCAGCGAGCACAAAUGGUCAUCGCGCAACUCGAGAAGGAAGACAUCGAGCAAGUCUGCGACCUGCUGUACGACCCGCCCGCAGAAAACCAGUACACAGUACUGAAGGAGCGACUGGUGUCCGUGUACGAAGAGUCCGACGGCCGCCAACUGCAGACACUCCUGUCCGACAUGGAACUCAGCGACCAGCGACCCAGCCAACUACUACGCCGCAUGCGGACACUCGCCCGCAACAAGGUUCCGGACAACACGCUGAGGCUGAUGUGGAUGAACUUGCUGCCACCUCACGUCCGCUCCGUACUUGUUGUCAGCGACACCAUCAGCAAGGACACAGCGCUGGACGAAUUGUCAUAA